GAAAAUGUUUUGUUUCAUGUUUUUUGCAAUUUCAUAUUUAGAUGGACAGUCGUGACCUGCCUUAGUGCUGAUUAAAAUGUGAUUUUAGGUGCUUUUGAGAAAUUAAACCUUUCAUUUGCUGACAUUUAAUAAGAGAUGUAUAAAUUUAAAGGCUGCACAGCAGUGUCUGAAUGCGAUAUUAUCUGGCAAGAGUUGCAAAAUCUGUCUUUGAAUAUUAGUCCCAGUAUUAGUUGAGCCAUGUUCAACUUCUUUGCCUGACAACAUAGUUGUUUGCCAGAUCUCUGAGUCAGCAACACUGCUGCGUCAACACUGGCCUCAAAUCCUUGAGGGCACUGGGGCUUUUCACGCAGUGCUAAAGAUGGUGAAUCCGGCCUUAAAAGAUAUUGACUCCAUGGUCUGAAAACUGCAGAGUAUUUGCUCUUUAAGAGAUAUGAAGAUUUAGACUAUAUGGUCUAAUAAAGUAAAAUCAGAGAUAUUGCUGGUUGAACUGUUAACCCACUGGAACCUGCACUUACUAACAUUUUCUGAAAAUGUUUUUUUUUGGUUUAAAGUUACCCUAUGGAGUAAUUUACCGCCAUUAGUGUUAAUAUGGUCACCAUUAGAUUAAUAGAAUCCAACAUACAGGCAAUUCACACGAGUCAGUGUUCUGACUCCUCUAAAUCCUCAGUUUCAGGCUGACUUAUUCUUAGUCUUGGCUUUUCAUGUUCUCAGAGACUGUGACAUGCCAAAUACAGUGAUCUUACAGUGAGCGCUUCUCUUACCUGCUGUUCAGAUGUUGCUUUUACAAGGGGCAGCCAAUCAAAAGAAUUUUAAAAUGACUAAUUUUAGCCGUUGGAUGAACUGACGAGCUUACCCAAGGACCCGCUUUAACAUAAACAAAGAUAGUUUCCAUAUUAGUUUUAAACUGAGUAAUUCAGUGCUAUUAUAGAAAGAGUGAAAUAGUAAUUAUAAAUAUAUGGACCUAGAAAUGAAUACAAUAGGUUCCCUUUAAUGGUUUUGAUUCCUUCUUUUAAGAGCUACUAGAAAAAGAGGCACAGCAACCCUGAUUUUUCUACUUGUGAUGUCAGCACAAGCAGUGACCUCCCUAUUCAUGCUGCUCUAUGCAAGUUUGACUUUGAACCAUCUGAACUGCCAUUUCUAAUGUGGAACACAGAAACGGAGCAGGGCCAUAAUUAGAGUGAAGGCUGUCACGCUGGCCUGUAGGGAGAAGGACUGAGCCACUCUGACAGAAUACACACACAAACUCAGGUUUUACACGGAUAAAAAUAACUUCUGAUGACGACACAGUCGCCAAAGAUUGUGCAUGUGAAGUAGCAGUGGUUAGGUGCCAGUCUUUGUUGGUUUUGCAUUACAUCUCUCUUCCUUAGCUUUUGAAUCCCUUCCAGACAGCAUACUUGGCAAGUUAUUAGACUCAUUGCUCAUUGCUUCCUGAUGGUCUUCAGGUCUGACCUGGAACUUCCUCAGUGAGGAUUGCAGCCUGUCUUUGAACUGCUUUGUUGUCCUGGUUGAAGAAUGAUAUACUAUCUUAAUCUCACUGGCUGUAGCAAGAUUUUAUAGUUAGAAAUCUAGGUGUAAUAAUGCUUUACAUAACUGAAAUAAAUAACUAAACAAAUAUACAAAUAGUUAACCAAAUAACUUACGCUCUUAUUAAAUGUGCAAUAUUUUUGAGACAUUUAUUCAAGUGUCAACUCUGAUUUAUCAGCAAAAACAGACAUGUCCUCUUUAUUAAAAUGCAAGUUACUCUUAAUCAAUCUUCUAAGGUACAUUAGUCUUUGUGUGCAUGUGCUCACAUGAGGUUCACAUCUUUUUUACAACUUGAAGCUCAGAUGAGAAAGGACAGAUGUUUUUAUGUUGGAUUGUGAAAGUGCCAUCUUCAGUAUACUGACUGUAAACUGUGCAUGUGAUUGUGGGACUCUUAUCGUUGCUCUGGAGCUGUAAAGUGUGUUUUCAGGGCUGAACUCUGCUCUUCCCUGUGUAGAAUUAUCACUGAAUAAAACUACUUUGGGAGAAGCUUUUAAUGGUUCCUCUUGUUUGAGAUAUUGUUUUGUUUGGAGACCUGACAGCUACUUCAGAGAAUUUGCCUGCAUGCUUUGCACGUUACAGGCUGCGGUGAUCAGCUGACCUGAACUCUCACACAUACGCGCAGCACUCAGAAGUUACAUUCAUCACUGAACUGACGGAGCGAAUUGUUUGCAUGUGAAUUCCCAAGUUUAGCUCUGAGAUUUUAUUUAUUUUGCUCGCCUGAAACAUCAGACUUAUAAAGCUUGCCAUUGUUUUUUAUUCAUAUUUUUUUGAACAUUGUAAAGUUUGAUGAUUUCCCAGUAUGCAUUGUGUUUAGCUACUUAUCUUUUUACAUAGUAAAAAAAAAUGAGUCAUAGAUCAAAGGUGAUGUAGUUAAGGUGAAGCACCAAUAAAUGAAUGAGGUAAGACUGUCUAUGGAGCGAAGAAUUUAUGCAAUAGCAGAAGAAUCCAUUGAGAAGCACAGCGUUUCAAUUUCAAAUAGGUCCUGCUUAAUACUGACCCACCAGACUUUUGGAGGGUUGCCAGUUUGUGAACGUAGCGAAUGCCCAGCAGCAUCUGCUGAUGAUGCAUUACCCCUCUGUCUCACAACCCCCCUUCACAGGAUGUGAAGUGGUAGAUGCCUGUUACAUGAUAUGAAGCAUGUUGAGCGCAGGGAGGACGGUGAGUGUUUGGGAUACGGAACGCAAUCGCAGUGAGAAGGGAAAACACAAAGUCAGCUGGUAUUAGAUGUCAUAUACCUGCAACAGUCGAGGCUGUCAGCACCUGACCUGGAUCACACACUGUGUGCCGUUCAGGAUCCUCCCUGGAUUACUUUUUGUUUGAGGACAGAGGAGGACAACGUGUCCUCCCUGCUAGUGUGUUUAUGCCGCAGCUGCCUGCAGAUGUGCCUGUGCAGAGGAAGUUUGGACCUAAGGAGAGUACUUGUCAAGACUGCUCCAGAGGUCACCACCUCUUGAACUCUGAUAGCCAUCGGUUCUGCUCAUCAAGUCUUCAGAAGCCUCCUAUCCAUCUCCCUCUUUGGCAUGAUUUGGACACAAUGUCGGAUUCUAGUUUGUGGACAGUUCUGUCCAACUUUAACAUGCCACAUUUCUUCAGUGGAGCUCGCCUGCGUCGGUCCCAAAGCUGCAGAACGAGCAACAGAAAAAGCCUGAUAGGAAGUGGCCAGCCUUCAGGUUUACCACGACCCCAUUCCCCUCUCUCAUCUCUCACAGGAACAAGCCCACAAGACAGUCCUAGAAACUUCUCUCCUAGUGCCUCUGCUCAUUUCUCGUUUGCACGAAGUCAUUGCCACAGAGCAGACAGGACUGAUGGUCGUCGCUGGUCACUGGCCUCCCUUCCCUCCUCUGGAUAUGGAACCAACACACCGAGCUCCACUGUCUCUUCAUCCUGUUCAUCACAGGAGAAGCUGCAUCAGCUGCCCUUCCAACCUACGCCUGAUGAACUGCACUUCCUCUCCAAACACUUCUGCACUGAGAGUAUCUCGGGGGAUGAAUGCCGCAGAGCGACGGCAAUGCGACCCCGGUCACGGAGUCUCAGCCCUGGAAGAUCUCCGUCCUGUUACGAUCACGAAAUUAUAAUGAUGAAUCACGUCUACAAGGAGCGGUUUCCUAAAGCCACAGCUCAGAUGGAGGAAAGGAUUCAGGAGAUCAUCCGCAGCAACUCUCCUGAGACCGUCCUCCCCUUGGCAGAUGGCGUGCUUGGCUUUGCCCAUCACCAGAUAAUUGAACUGGCCCGCGACUGCCUGGAAAAGAGUCGGCUGGGACUCAUCACCUCCAGCUACUUCUGCGAACUCACCGACAAGCUGGAGAGGCUUGUACAAGAGUCCACAGAGAGGUCAGAAAGCGAGGAGGUAAACUUCAUCAGAGAGCUGGUAAAGAAGAUCCUUAUAGUGAUAGCCCGACCUGCUCGGCUGCUGGAAUGUCUGGAGUUUGACCCAGAGGAAUUUUACCACCUUCUGGAAGCUGCUGAAGGACACGCUAAAGAAGGCCAGGGCAUCAAAACAGACAUCCCUCGUUACAUCAUCAGCCAGCUGGGACUCACACGAGAUCCUCUUGAAGAAAUCGCUCAGCUGACCAGCAGUGACAGUGGAAUUGCAGAAACUCCAGAAACAGAUGACUCUUCUCAGAGUUUCAGCACGGCCUUGCGGUCCCGGCGGAAACCCUGUGAGCUGGACUUUGAAAUGAUAAAACUCAUCAGCAACGGUGCCUAUGGAGCUGUUUAUCUGGUGCGGCACAAGGAAACUAAGCAGAGGUUUGCCAUGAAAAAGAUCAACAAGCAGAAUCUGAUGUUAAGGAAUCAGAUACAGCAGGCCUUUGUGGAGAGGGAUAUCCUCACCUUUGCUGAAAACCCUUUUGUUGUGUCCAUGUAUUGCUCCUUUGAAACACGGAGGCACCUGUGCAUGGUUAUGGAAUAUGUUGAAGGAGGAGACUGUGCCACCCUGCUGAAGAACAUGGGUCCCCUACCUGUGGACAUGGCUAGGAUGUACUUUGCAGAGACAGUACUGGCUUUGGAGUAUCUACACAACUAUGGCAUUGUUCACAGGGACCUCAAACCUGACAAUCUGCUGGUGACCUCAAUGGGGCACAUUAAGCUGACAGAUUUUGGUCUUUCCAAAGUCGGGCUGAUGAACAUGACCACCAACCUGUACGAGGGACACAUAGAGAAGGAUGCCAGGGAGUUCUCUGAUAAGCAGGUAUGCGGCACCCCAGAGUAUAUCGCUCCAGAGGUGAUCCUGAGACAAGGCUAUGGGAAGCCAGUGGACUGGUGGGCUAUGGGCAUCAUCCUGUAUGAGUUUCUUGUGGGGUGUGUGCCUUUCUUUGGAGACACACCGGAGGAGCUUUUUGGACAGGUCAUCAGUGAUGAGAUCAACUGGCCAGAUGGGGAUGAGGCUCCACCUCCUGACGCUCAGGAGCUCAUCACCUUGCUGCUGAGACAGAAUCCCCUGGAAAGGCUGGGCACAGGUGGAGCGGCCGAAGUGAAGCAGCAUCAGUUUUUUCACAACCUAGACUGGAACGGCCUGUUGAGGCAGAAGGCUGAGUUCAUCCCUCAGCUGGAGUCCGAGGACGACACGAGUUACUUCGACACUCGCUCUGAGAGAUACCAUCAUCUGGAGACAGAGGAAGAGGACACAAAUGAUGAAGACUUCAAUGUGGACCUGCGGCAGUUUUCCUCUUGUUCUCACAGAUUCUCUAAGGUUUACAGCAGUCUGGAUUUGUCCCGUGGGCAUCUGGAGGAGAAGGGAGAGACUGAGGAGAAGAAGACCGAGAGCCCGCUGACUGUGGACUCUCUCAGCUGGACGCCAGACUUCGCUGAAGCACCCUCGCUGUCCUCGACAGACACAGACAGUAUGAAUCAGGGUCCUCGCCCCAGUUUGCUACCAAAGUUUGCCAUCUCAGCUGAAAGCGAAGGGGAUGAGACAUCAGGCAUCGGCGAUCCCAGCAAAGCCUCGUUCUCCAUCGGGGAGUUUCCACAGGACGAGCCUGAAGCUGCCACUCCGGGCAGCACGCACAGCGGGGCCACGCUCUCUGGGAGUUUCUCAGAACAUUUGGACCAGCUGACACCCAGGGGAGAGGGUGUGGAGAGCCCUGACAGCACCAGUCACACCUCUGCUGACCACGGACCUCCGUCGACCUCUCUGCGACCUGAGAGUGCUGUAGAGAAGAGCGGAGCCGUGCCAAAAGUCCCAAAGUCUGUGUCAACUGGUGCCCUUUCCCUUAUGAUCCCUGGAGAUAUCUUUGGAGCAUCACCGCUGGCCAGUCCCCUUUCUCCUUACUCCCUCUCCUCAGACCCUUCCUCAAGAGACUCCUCUCCGAGCCGAGACUCCUCCCUCUGUCCCUCUAACCCACGGCAGCCCGUCAUGAUCCACAGUUCUGGGAAGAAGUUUGGUUUCACGCUGAGGGCAAUCCGGGUGUACGCUUGUGACAGUGACAUCUACACAGUCUAUCACAUGGUCUGGAACGUAGAAGAUGGUGGGCCUGCACAUAAAGCAGGACUCAAAGCUGGAGACCUCAUUACUCAUGUGAACGGAGAACCGGUUCACGGUCUUGUCCAUACCGAAGUGGUGGAGCUCCUGCUCAAGAGUGGCAGCAAAGUGGCCAUCUCUACAACCCCCUUUGAAAAUACUUCAAUAAAAACUGGUCCUGCCAGAAGGAACAGCUACAGGAGCAAGAUGGUCCGAUGUGGCAAAAAGCCCAAGAAGGAGAAGACCCCAGAAAGGCGCCGCUCCCUUUUCAGACGCUUUGCCAUGCAGCCUUCUCCUCUUCUGCAUACGAGUCGCAGCUUUUCCUCCCUGAACCACUCGCUGUCAUCUGGUGAGAGUCUCCCCGGCUCCCCUACCCACAGUCUCUCCCCUCGUUCCCCUACUGCCGCCUUCCGCCCUGCACCAGAUUUCACCCAGUCAGGUGGCAACUCAUCCCAGAGCAGCUCUCCCAGCUCCAGUGCUCCCAACUCCCCUGCUGGCUCAGGCCACAUUCGGCCCAGCACCCUGCAUGGCCUCGGCCCCAAACUGCCAGGUCAGAGGCUUCGUCAGGGUCGACGCAAGUCUGCCGGUAGCAUUCCCCUCUCUCCACUGGCUCGCACGCCUUCACCUACCCCCCAGCCAACAUCUCCCCAGCGCUCACCCCCUCCCCUUCUCAGUGGACACUCUGUCGCCAUUUCCAAAACAACCCAGGGUUUUCCAGCCAAGAUUCAUUCCCCACCCACAAUUGUGAGACACAUUGUCCGCCCCAAGAGUGCUGAACCGCCUCGCUCACCUCUCCUAAAGCGUGUUCAGUCUGAAGAAAAGCUGUCUCCUUCUUACACAGGGGAAAAGAAGCACCUGUGCCCAAGAAAACGCAGCUUAGAAGUGACCCAAGAAGAGGUGCAGGACGAGGACGUGAGGACAGGAGAGCGCGAUUUCACCGGCCUGCAGAGUGUGGAUGAAGCAGCCUGUGAGCCACUGACAAUCACUCGUUUACGGCCUGUCGAGCAGGGCUGCCUAAAAAGGCCAAUCAGCCGUAAGAUGGGCCGGCAGGAGUCUAUAGAAGAGCUCGACAAGGAAAAACUGAAGUCCAAGAUGGUUGUGAAACGACAGGAGUGGUCAGAGAGGAGGGAGUCUCUACAGAAGCAAGAUGCUCUGCAUGAGUCCGAUUCAUCGGCACCGUGUGCUUAUGAUGGGGACGAAGGCUUUCUGGUCCGAAGCCAAAACAAAGUGCAGAGCAGCCCGGAGUCUGGAACGCUGGAGGCUAAAGCUGCUAGUUCAACUCUUAAAGACGUUCUGUAUAAAAAGCUGAGCACACGUGUCAGUGAAGGCAUCGCUGAGCCUUCUGGUGGCAGCAGUGAAAGUGAUGGAGCGCUGCGAUCGGCUCUGUGUUCUGGUCACCCAGAAUGGCAGCACUCUCGACAGGGUAAAGACGGCAUGAAGCCAGACAGACUGGACUUCAAAGCUCCCAGUAUCGAGUUCACCAGGAAGAGGUUGUCAUUCGAAGAACGAGAAGACUGCAUGUGUCGGUUGACUUCGACCCUCCAUGAGAACCUCCACUUUGGUUCUACGAGAUCGAAGAGCCUUCAGCUGGACACGGCCAUGCCUCACGACCACAUGAAGGCCGGACUGGGAAGCGUCCACUCGAGCCCUGAAGGUCUGGCCCCUAAGCUUUUCUCUGGCAGAGGAGAGAGCGCUGUGGAGAAACUCCAUCUUAUCUCUUCUGCAGAGUCUCCGCUUAGAAAAACAUCAUCUGAAUAUAAACUUGAAGGACGCCACGUCUCUUCUCUAAAGCCUCUUGAGGGCACCCUGGACAUUGGUCUGCUCUCUGGACCCAGAGUUUCUAAAACAGAAACUUGUUUGUCCAAGAUGGCAGAGAACACAAGUGACACAGUUUCUGUAAACCCACCAAUACGACUUCAGAGCCCUACUGAAAGGCAAAUAACCAUCCCCCAAACAAAAACCACAGACAAGAUGAAGAGUCCCCUAACUUGUUCUCUAAGCCCUGAAGCCGUUUCUUCUGUAAACAGCAUUGUUGUCUCCAAGGAGCAAUCAAAUAAUUCAGCAACAGAAAUGAAAGUCAAUGCAAGUGGUGAGAAAACACAGGAUAGACAAGGCGAGUCAUUGAAGGCCUCAAACAGCAAAGCAGAUCCCUCAACUUUUAGUGUUAAACAAGAAGGAAGGACCGGUAUGAAAGCCAGCCAUGAGCACAGAGGCCCUCGACACAGCUCCCACUUCUCCUCCUGUGGAAAAACACCCUCCAUACGGGAAGUGAGCAACGAAGAUCAGGAGGAUGAGGUGGAGCAGCAGGAAGAGAUACCAGACACUACAUCACAAAAUACUGACAGCUCCAAGACAGCAGUCUCUUUGGUAGACUUAAAAACUUCCCCUCCAUUUACAACACUGGAGGCUCGAGCUGUUAGUAAACCUCUGACUGGGCCACUGAAGCAGAGUGCAGACUCAGUUUUGGAUACAGGUCAACUUCAGAGCUGUGAGAAGAGAAAAACUGCAGCACAGAGCUCAGACACAACCUCACGACCCGCUUCUGAGGCGAAUGUGCAGACCAACUCUGCAUCGGUACAUGUUCCAGCGAAUGUGCCAAACAUUUGUUCCUCAAAUACAGAACCAGGAGUUUCUGUCUCGGCAUCAGCGUUUGGAGCAUUACCUGAUAGUAAAUCAGAGCACAGUGAAACAUCUGUCAGCUCAUCUGUGAAGCUGGUUGGAGAUGCAGGCAGCUCGGGCUCCAAGACGGAAAACAGUGCAAGUUCCACAGCUGCAAAAGUGGAGCAGAAGAAAGAAGUUUGUACGAUAAACAAGGCCACUUCACUGAAUAUUAUUACAGAUGCCACACUGAACAAAAAGCAUAACACUGUGUCUGCUGCUGCAGUACAGGACAGUGGCAUGUCGCUGCAGAAGAAAGACGUUAACGUAUCACCAAAGACGAAGAAUACAGCGGCUGUGAAAGAUUCAGAGCAGCCAUCACAGAUGUGUCCGACUGAAAAAGCACAACACAGAUCGUCCGAUGCACAACUUUGCACGUCUGUUGUCAGUGUUAAAGAAAACACUGUGGUCCCUUCAGCAAAGCUCAAAAGUUCAGGUGCGACAGCUACAAGUGAAACUGUUUCGAGUCCCAAAAGCAAGUCGAGGCCUGACCCACAGCCCACGCUGCCCACGUCUGUGAAGAGAGAGAAGGAAGCAAAAACACAAGAGAGCGCAGCUCCUCCCGUCCCAGCUGUCAAAGGAAGUCCAAGUUCAAAAGAGAAGGAUUUGCCUAAGGAGUCUGCCCCCUCGACUUCACACGUUCAAGCAACCCACGACGCUAAACGGAAAGAAGCCUCGCCGGUAUCCGCCAGCGAUGGCGCAAAGAGUGAAGACUCUGUGCAAGCGAAGCCCUUGCCCACUCAUGCUGACACGAGGCAGCGAGAAAUACAGCCCAAAUGUUCUGCUGCUGUCAAAGACGUCCCAAACUCUAAGCUGAAAUCUCUCCCUCCUAAAACAUCAUCAGCUCUGAAGCCUGCUGCAGCUCCAGCAAUUAAACAAACUCUCGAUUCCAAACCUAAAGACACUUCACCUAAAAACCACCCCACAGUUAUUAAAGACCCCCGUGACCCCAAAACAAAAGAAUGCGCCCUGCCUCUCACUACAUCUCAGCAGCUCAGGAAGGAGCCUCUGCCGCCAUCAGAUGUGUCCUCUCAGCCCGACCCACCAGCUGUGCUGCCUAAACUUCCAGCGAAAACAGAACCACCGAGCAGCGCAGACACCUCAGGCAAAGGCUUCAGUUGUGAGCCUGCAGUCAAGAUAUCCAAGGAUGCUCCCAAGUCGGACACCAGAACCACCACCCCAGACAAACCGGCAUCAUCUCUCCGGAAGGAGCAGGGUGAAAGAAAGAAAAAGGAAACCGCUCAAGAAGUCACGCCUGCACAGAAAAACACUAAGAGAGACACUUCCAGGGCUUCUCCAUCUGCAGCUAAAGACAGUUUAGACAGAGACACGAGCAGGUGCAAGCAGCUGAAGGAGUCACCGCGUAGCUCCAGUAACAAAAAGUAAAGAGGAAAGUGAUGAUUUCAAAAAACAAAAGAAAAACGUGACUGCUUCAAAUAAUCCAGAUAAAGUAAAAAGUUGGGAUUGAUUUGUGCAAUCAUCAUCAUGCCUUCUUUUUUUGUUUAUUUGAGGACCAGGCAAGCUGUUACAAGCUGAUAGAGAGGGAAAGUCUGCGUGUGUGUGUGUGCAUGUGUGUGUGUGUUUAAUAAGAUUAUUCAUAACAACAUGUUGAUGUUUCUAGGUUUGAAUGUAGGCGAUCAUUUGCCGAUCCUUUCUGAAGUUUUACUUUCAUGUCAAUCGAAUGUUUGGAGGAUUUCUUUCUGUUCGUUGCAGAACACUUCGUGCAAUCAGUGUGUUUAAGGGGCAACGGGGAGGACACCUGUAAAGGCCGUGAUGUACGAGAGUCUGUGCCAUAAGCAGUUUUGAAUUGCACUCUUUCUUCUAGACUCGGAGGAUCUGAAGUCUUUUAAUGCAGUAGACCACACAAUGUUGUCGAGCAGUUGUGUUGUUAACGUUCAGUAUGAUCAGAUUGUUUUAAUGUUGGGUUUCGUACAGUGGUACACAAAAGAAACGCACUAUAUCUCGUGCUUUUCACCUAAAACCUGAAACAAAGUAACUAUAGGAUCACGAUAGGAUUCUAAAAAUCAUAAAUUAGUGAAGGGGCCUUAGAUAUAUGGGAAAUCAGACUUGCUUUUUUUUUUUUUUUUUUAAGCAAGAUGUGGUGUUUAUUCACAUUCCUCUGGCAUCUUGUACAUAUAUUUUUGAUUUUUAUGCAAUAUAGUGUAAAUAAGAUACCAUUGUAAAACAGGGAUACAUGGGCUUACAUGAUUGUCGUUUGUAUUAUAUGUAUAGAUUUUGCAGUGUCAUGUUUGUAUGCUAAGUAUUAAGAGUAUCAUGUUCUGCUUGUGUGGUCUAAAGUAAGCUACAGCAGUGUGUCUCAUCAAACGUUUCCUCUUCUGUGUGACUUUCAACAUGUUUUCACAUGUUCCAAAAUGAACUUGAAGAGAGGAGAGGGCAUGAGGGGCUAUUUCUAAAAACAGAAAAAAAAAAUGUAGCAUUAUAUAACAAAACUGUGAGGGCUGUCAGCGUUUCUCCAAGAAUGUCUUUGUUGAUGAUGUGUUCACUGGCUGAUUAAGCUCUGAAGAUUGUAAAAUACGGGACAUUGUGUUUGAGGAAGAUGAACCAGCAGUUCUGCAUAGUAAUCACAGCAGUAGAUUUCUAGAAGCCGUGGGCCUCGUCUCUGGGUUACGUCCACGCUAUCGUUAAGGUCACUUGUGCGAGUAAAACACGAUCUGAAGCGGUUCAUGUUAAAGUGCUUUGCUGUCAGGGUUUUGGUGUUUUGGAUGCUUCAUAAAGAAGCUCCACCCGGGCGAAGAUUUUAUGAUGGCUUUGCAUAACAUAGUUCAUGUCUGCUUGAAAGUUUGAGGUCACUUUGAGCUGGAUUUUUUUUCUUUUCUUUUUUUUAAACAAACAUUAAUGGCAUACCUGCUCAUUACUGUCUGACCUUGUAUAAUUUUGUCUUGUUCAAACACUAUCUGAUCUGUUGGCAAACCUGAAAAAUUGUUUCACCAAUCUAAGAAGCAAUACUUUAGAAUGAUGUUUGGAGUAUAAAUGCUGUGGGUUUGAUUUGAGUCUAAAGAUUAAAAGAACUUUCCUGUGAAACAUGUCACGUUACUGUCGUUCUAAGAAAGGGGGGGAAAAGUGCUGCACAGUUUGCUGUUACAGGUAUCAUUUAAUGAAGCUGGACUCUGUUUCUCGAGUCCUUUCAUUCAGCUGUAAACGCACUUCUUCUUCUUUUUCGAUUGCCAUUAGAGCCACUUUGCGCUGUUCUGUGAUGAGUCGUACACACAGUUUGUAUGAAAUCUUGUGUUGCCUCACGAAAUGGAUCAACAUCGAUUUCAGAGGAAAAUUCGUUAGUCAAACCUCCCCACGCCGACGCUCCAGACAAUCAGCUCGCUAAAAGUAUUGCUCCUUUAACCAGCUGUUUAGAUUCGGUCGCUCUUUCAAAGUGAUAAUGAUCUGCUCUAAUUACACAAGUGCCAUAGCUUCCUAAAACGUGUUUCUGGAUGCAUAUGCAAAUAUUCCCUUAGAUGAUUCAGUUGAUCACAAUGUCACGUUUAACUGCUCCCAUCAACUCUAAGUGACCACAAACUUUUCAGCUAUGAAUGUGAAUUUCAUGUUGGCGUGCUAAUACCGUGGUACUACGCAUAUAGGCUGUUGUAUAUCCGCAUACACUUGCUACCAUUUACACACUUUUCUAUAUGGUAGAUGCCUUUAAAUUGCAAACCCUAAAUGAAAACCACAAAGUAGCCUAGGACACUAGUAUUAGCAUCAUUAGCUCUGUUGUGCUGGCUGUAUAAAACCAGAUCCACCGUGUUGUCCGGAGGUCACGGUCUAAAUCUAAAUGUUCCACACAGUAUGUGUCUAAGAGUGAAAGUGAAAACCAAGAUUGACAGCAGAGAUUUUAAUGUUAAAAGAAUCUAAUGUUCAGCUGCAUUGGAUAUUGUAAAAGUAUUGCUAAUGUAUCGUGAGAUAGUAAUAAAUGCACCUUAAUCUUUACCAAUGUUAAGUUCAAAGGGUGAGUGCAGCAGAGCGGUUUAUGAAUCCCUCACUUUAGGGUUUUUUUUUUUCAUUCCCCCAACACUCACGUUUUCCUUUCCUGUGACGACACACAUUUAAAUCUUUAAAGCACAUUCAGUGUUUGUUUACAAAGCGUCAUGGAUGUAUAUUUUGUAUAUUGUUGAUUUGCCAAAUCUGCGUCCUGUGUUACAGAUAAUGUUUCUAGUCGUGCGAGGUUUGCCUCCUCGCCACCAUGAUUUGUUUGUGCAGUAAUCGAUGUCUCUUCACGUCACGUUCUACUCUCUUCUCGUCUUUUCAGAUUUCCUUUUAUUUCCUCCUCUGUGCAAAACUAGUAUUAGAUGAACUUGCUUAUGUUGGUUUGUCUUUUAGAAUAUGUGCAAUAAAAGUGUUUUGAGUUUUGUAUUUUGCCCAAGGAAAGCUCUAUGGAUGUCAUACAUGUUGUAUAUUAAAACAGAUAUUUAUACUUCUAAUGUUGCGUAAUACUGAAAAUAAAAUGGAAUUAUGAGUUAC